AUGAGAUUCUUUGUCUUUGCUCUGCUUGUAGGGUGUUCCCUUGCGGCCUCCUUAGAGGGAGAAACACGUGUAAGACGUAAUGCAUAUGCCACAGAGGUGGACUGCCCCGUUACCUUGUGGCCAGGUGGCAAAAUUUGUUACACAUGGGACUCUUCGAUCAGUGACUCAGCCGAUGGUCAAACCAUGAUGGAGUUGGUUGAAGAUGUGUUUGAUCAUUACAUGGAUGUUUCAUGCGUCGAAUUUUACCCAUCAACUGCAAGCGAGUGUGACGGAAUCGACGCAAUGGAUGUGAAAUUGGUUGAGCAAACCGCAGGAUGCUGGGCCCACAUUGGAUGCAGCAACAAUCAAAAUACAUUCAUCAAUGUAUCUCCAGAGUGUGCAACUUUUGGCGUGGUCACUCAUGAACUCUUCCAUUCACUUGGGCGGUACCACGAACAGUCCAGAAAUGAUCGCGAUGAACAUAUUCAAGUCAACUGGGAUGCCAUCAUAACAACGAAACAGGGCAACUAUAAAAAGUGUUCAAAUACGCCGUACACCGACACGUAUGACUAUCAAUCCAUCAUGCACUAUGGUGAUUUGGUAUGUAAUUGUAGGCAGAGGUUUGAUUAG